UGUGUGAGUGAAAGUCGAUAAGUUAACUACGCUUGUGCGCUCAGUCACUUUGCCGAGGAAAUUCGUCGUGUUCAGUAAUCUUUUUAAGUGAAAUUUUCUUUUCUUUUAUAAAGAGCGACAUGAGCUCGUCCGAUGACAAUCCCGGGCCGUCAAAGCCGCGUGAGAGGAAGCCCUCAUAUCGCAUCUCAAGCAGCGAUACCAAGUCAUGGGAGCAGACUAACGGCAGUCGUGGCCUUGGUUCCGAAUCAGGAUCAUCUACAGCUGCAGGACGCAGUUUCGCCGGGAAUCAAAAUCGCAUAGGUGGUCGUCGUGCUACAGAUGGAAAGGGUUCCGUUGGUGGAGAGAGGGCCAGAGUAGGACCAAGCAAUGUACGCGACCGCCUGCUGGUGCACAAUGACAAUUCCGCAUUCGGGAAUCUUAGUGUCAUCGAUGGCUCUCUUUCGCCUCACAGGAAAGACUUGAACUUCGACGAUUCCGAUUCUGAUCAGGAACCGAAUGCUGUAACCUUUGGUGGUUUUAACUAUAUGUCUGAUAAGAUGAUAAAGAAGAAAAGUCAUAUUGAACGCCGCAGACGCCGUGAUCGCCGUAAUCGUGACCGCCGUGUAUCGGGAGAUUUAGGUCUCAUGGGAUGGACUGGAGAAUUCCCAAAGCUAACGCCCAUAUCGAACAUUGAUAGUAACUCGAAUGCGGAGCCGCUGUCGACGGCCAUGCCGCGUGUACUGCCAUGGAGUGGUCUAAAGGUUUUUCCAAGAGUGGAACCGCAAGAGGAGACAGCAGCAGGUUCAACAAAGCCAGCUCAAAUCACUAAUAAGUCUAAGGAGCAGCAGCAGCAACAAAAGCACCAGCAGGAACAGAAGCAGCAGCAACAAAAGCACCAGCAGGAACAGAAGCAGCAGGAACAUAAGCAGCAUCAACAAAUGGAGCAGCAACAAAAGCAACAGCAGCCGCAGCAGCCGAAGUCGUUAGCAUCGCCAUUCGACACCACUCUGUCCUCCAAUUCUGACAUGAAUAUGUUGGUGUCAAUGGCUUCAGGACGUGGAACAGAACCGAAACAGACAUUUGAUUUCGAAGCCAAUUUAAAAAAACGCACCACAACUACAACCACAAGCAAGAAUACAAAUGCAACUGGUACUGCAACAACAUCCAGUUCCAGUACAACAGCAUCCAACGUGCAACAAGCUGUUUUACCCUUCAAGGAUGAAGUUAUGAAGAAGAAGCUGGCAAAGGAAAAGGAGCCGGCCGAAGACAAGCAGCCGCAUGCCAUGCCUGCCGGGAAACAGGUGGUGGACGAGAAUAAGAGCAACUCAAAUGCAUCAUUGGUACCAUCGCCGCCGAGUGUAGGUGUCUGCAAACUCAGCACGUCCGAAAUGGACGCAAAACUGGCUGCAGAAGAGUUUGCCAAGACGAAGGCGGCAGCUGAGGCUUUUUGGGACAAACUUAAACUUAAGGACAUCAGGGAAGCCACAUCCGUUCGCCUCGAACAACGUUCCAUGUCUUACACUAACCACAAUUCGCGGACGGAGGAGGUGCGUCGUACAGUGCGCUUUAGCAGCCAUGAACCGCUGGUCGAGGAGACGAAGAAAGUGAUGAACGAAUCCACCGGCGACAAUUGCACCGCUAAAGUUAUUUUCGCGCCUCUGAAGCAAAAAUCCGAAAACGAGCGGGAUUUCUUUAUACCCAGCUCUGGGAAUCCAAGGCGUCGCACCGGUGACGGUUUCUUUAUUGUGCCCUACGAGCACACCGCACAGAAGGCGGUCCCGGAAGCGGAGGAAGUAAGUGUGGGUCAAGCCACCCCGUCCCACGUAGUGCGACCGAAGUACCAACAGCCCCAGCCGUCUCCCUUGGCGGUAACUGGAAAGCGAGUGCCGAAGCCUAAGGUGCCCAAAGGGGCAAGUCCACCGAGCGAGGGCUGGACCUCCACCAUGGCUGUGAAGGGGAAAUCUCGGGCUCAGGCAUCUAGCAACGCCAGCAGCAGCUCCGGUGGCUCACCGAUUGUUAUUAGCUCCACUCGCAAGCGAAGCUUCAUGUCCAGGGCUCACGCAAGAGGAUUCUCUCAGAAGACCAGGGCUUGUGUGCGCUGUCAGGCUCCUAUGAUUUCGGAUGGGUCCACGCCUAUUAUGUGCAAGAGAUGUAUCUAUUUUAUGAAAAAGAGUGAGAAGGAAAGCGGAAAUAAGCAGAUGCCGGUACAUGAGGAUCAGAAUAAUUAUGAAGAUGACAUUGAGAGUGUCAGCAGCGUGAUGGAGGUCAUCGAGGAAAUUAAAAUGCCCAGUCAACAUCCGCCGCCAAAUCUGUAUAACAACUUGGGUCAGAAGCCCGCUUCAAAGGAACAGGAGAUUGUUGUGAUUGGCGGACGGAAGGCUAUAGCCAUCAAAGCCGAUUCGCCUUGUCGCCAAGUGAAAGUGGUUCCACGCCAGCAGAGUUUGACUGUCUCUGAAACGAUCUCAAAUAAGAAUUCGGGCAACGCUUUGGUGGCGAGCCUGGGCGAUGCCCACAUCGGAUGUCAAGUGCUGAUGGGCAUUAUGAAAACACUGAACCUGAAGGAACGUGCAAAAAUGGCGCGGGUUUGCAAAACUUGGGCCAUGGUCAGUCGGGAUAAGAGUGUAUGGCAUACAGUCAGUCUUCGCGACACCCAUAUUAGCAACUGGGUGUACUGUCUGCGUGAACUCGCCCGCCAUCGCACUCGCGAGCUGGACAUGUUCGGCGUAAUAUUGACAAAGCCGCAGAUUCUCACUACUGGCGACAUGCGCGUCCUGAAAGCACUGCGCGUCCUAACCACUGGUAAAGUAGGUGCUGAGUUCCUUACUUUGGUCUUUCGCCAUUUGCCUCAACUGCUGGAGCUAAGGACAAUCUGCAACAGUCCCACAUUAAAUCUCAGCACUCUUGGACAUCAAUCAGAUGAACUGCGCGUGUUGCACAUCUACUUGUCGGACCGCCGAAACAAAUUUGAAUCAAUCCACUCUCUGGGCAACCUGAAGAAUCUAACCGAGUUGGUUAUACGUGGAGUUCAUUUUCUAGGCGCGGAGGACUUCCAGUUCUUGACGAAACUAUCGUGUCUGAGGUUGCUAGUGUUGAGUUCAUGCCAGGGCAUGAAGACUGAUCGAUUUGGACAGAAAGUGCUGCCAUAUUUAAAGUCUCUACGGUCGAUUCGCUUGGAGAACGAGCACCAGGUCGGUGCCGUUUUUCCGUUGUACGACAUUAUGCUUGGCAUUUCCCAUGCUGGAGGGGUAAAGCAAUUGGAGCUGAUUAAUGUGGAUGUAGAAAGCCAUUUUACCAAUUUGAUUGCCAUGUGCCCCACUGUUACCGAUCUGCUGCUGACCCCAAAGUGUAUUCAUAAUUCGGCCAACAUGAUCAAUGCCGUUAUGCGUGCCAUUAGCAACAAUGCCAAACAGCUGCGUGUAUUCCGCCUGGGAUUGGUUACCCAGUUGUUGAGUGCAACUGGGGCGCUGUACAAGGGAAGUAAGAAGGAUGUGAUCCCCGUGAAGCGCCCUGUUCCGGGAGUCCCAAGCAACGACGACCUUAAUUUUUGUAAUCCCGAAGACGAAUGCCCGGAAGAGGACCACAAGGACUGCGUGGCCUUUCUGCCGGUGAAGCGCCUAGUGGCGAUUCUGCGCGAUGCGGCACCGCAGACUUGGCUUACGGUGGCCAAGGUGCACAUGAUCGACACCAAAACCAUGAGUUUCGUGUACCGUCCAAAAGAGAACACCGUCUAAGAACGUUCAACGCACUAGUUAUGCGCCUAGGUGCCAUAACAUAGCUCAUAAGUACCAGAGAAUGCCAAGACUGAGUCUUCGAGAAGCAUCACCCGAACACAACAUUUUGAUUAACAUACAAUAUCAGUUAACGACGUUCAGAACGUCUCUUUUUCACAACCGGGAAGCGCUGCGUUUUUGUUUACUUUCAAAUUGACUUUUUAAAAACUUUGAGAACAUGAAGAAUAACAUGUAAACAGAAUAAAACGAUUUAUUUUCUUGACUAAA